GGCUCAAGAACGGGGGUGCGAUUUGAAUUCCUGUGGCCAACUUCACGGACACUGCCAGGCUGCUGUUCUGAUCACCGGUGCGCCGGGAUCUUCGUCCAAGACGCAGCUAUGCCGUUGGAGGCAGUCAUGAUUUGCCUUGACAAUUCGGAUUACACCAGGAAUGGUGACUACAUGCCAACGCGUUUCGACUCCCAAUCUGAUGCAGCAAACUUGCUCUGUGGGGCCAAGACCAAUCAAAAUCCAGAGAAUGCAGUUGGCAUUUUGGCAGCUGCUGGUGAUCGCAUUGAAGUGAUGGUGACACCAACAUCAGAUUUGGGCAGAUUGGUUACUGAACUCAACAAGGUACAGAUAGGUGGCAAUGCUGACCUGCUCAGAGGAAUUCAAACAGCUCAGUUGGCGUUGAAGCAUCGGCAGAACAAAAAGCAGAAGCAGAGGAUCAUUGCCUUUGUGGGCAGUCCUGUGACCGCCACCGAGAAGGAAUUGGAAGCAUUGGGCAAGAACCUGAAGAAGAACAGUGUGGCAUUGGAUUUGGUCAGCUUUGGUGAGGUUGAAGAGAAUGCUCCAAAGUUGGAAAAGCUUAUGAAUGCUCUCAACAGCAACGACACCUCUCACUUGCUGGAAGCGCCUGUAGGGCCCAAGCUCCUCAGUGACGUCUUACUCUCAUCCCCUAUCAUCAACCCUGAUGGUGAGGCAGGUGGUGGCGAUGGUGGUGCUGGUUUCGAGUUUGGCAUCAACCCACAAGAAGAUCCUGAGCUUGCCCUGGCUUUGCGCAUCUCCAUGGAAGAAGAGCGCGCCAGGCAGCAGGCAGUGGAGGGUGGAGAUGGUGCCGCAGCAGCCAGUGCGGCCGAAGCCCCGCAAGCCGCCGCCACAGCGACAGAUGCAGCUCCAGCAGCUGCGGCGCCUGCCACAUCUGCCCCUGCGCCAGAUGCAGCAGUCAUGGAAGCCAUGGGCAUGGAAGAUAUGGAUGAUGAAUUGCGACAAGCACUACUCCUGUCAAUGCAAGAGAUGGAACCAGGUGCAGCGGAUCCUCCUGCGCCCAAGCGCAAGGCAGAGGAAAUGGAGGCACCAGCUGCUGCAAAAGAUGCUGAGAUGCCGGCAGAAGAGAAGGCAGCUGACUCCUCAGAACCAUCUCUUGAUUCUAGAUGGCUGCAAGAUCCGUCCUUUGUCCAAGAGCUACUUGGCUCGUUGCCAGGAGUGGAUAUUAAUGAUGAACGCAUCCAAGAGGCCUUAAAGGAGGUCAGUGGUGCUUCGCAAGACAAGAAGGAUGGAAGCAGCUCAGACAAGAAGGAGGACCCCAAGUGAGAGACAAUUCGCAGGCAUCGCUCGAACAGAAGGAUGACCAGAAGUGAGAGGCGAUCCGCAAGCAUCGCUCAGACCUUCCUUGAAAUUGCGUGACUUGCACAAUGCGGUUCCCAGAGAAGAAGAGGGAA